GCUCCGAGUCGUUCCAUCCUGCCUUUCAUCGUUGCCGAGUUAUCCACUCAACUCGCUCUGACGCUCGACUCACUCGGGCACCUGAAGCUUGGAGAGUUGGAGCCGAGAGAGAAUGUCUUCGGAGAAAGAUAAAGACGAUGUUCCGGUUAAGAGGAAAUCUAGGAAAGAGCGAGAAAAUUCGGAUUUAGACUUGGAAAAUGAUAGAAAGGAUAAUAAUCAUUCGAGGAGGAGAGUGCGAGAAAGUUCUGGUUCGGAUGGAGAACAUGACAGGAAGCACAGGAAGAGUGAUAGAAGAAAGAGAAAAUCACGGAUUCGUUACAGUAGUGAUGAAUAUUCCGAUUCCAGUUCGGACUCUGAGGAUGAUGAGUCCGAGUAUUCAGGUUCUGAUUCGGAGUAUUCGGAUUCCGAGUCGGAAAGCUUGGGUUCUGAGGAGUCUGAGAGUGAGGAAGAGAGAAGGAGAAGGAAGAGGAAGGAGAGGAGAAGGAGGAAAGAGAAGGAGGAAGAGAGGGAGCGGAAGCGAAGAAGGAAAGAGAAGGAGAGGAUGAGGCGGAAAAAGGAGAAAGAGGAUAAACGGAAGAAAGAGAAGAAGAAAAAGAAGAAGGAAAAGAAAGAAAGGGGGAAGAAGGGUGCAGUCACGAAUUCAUGGGGAAAGUAUGGUAUUAUCAGAGAAACUGAUAUGUGGAACAAACGACCAGAGUUCACUGCAUGGUUGGCAGAAGUAAAGCAGGUUAAUCUGGAGAGCCUCUCUAACUGGGAGGAAAAGCAGAUGUUCAAAGAGUUCAUGGAGGACCACAACACAGCUACCUUCCCCUCAAAAAAGUACUACAACCUUGAUGCUUAUCACAGGCGUCAGAUGGAAAAAGAGAUGGAAAGAGGUUUUAAGAAGGCUGCGGCAACAGAACGUACUGUUUUUAAUGAUGAAGAGCAACGAAGGCUAGAAUUACAGCAAGCACGUGAAAAGCACAAGGAAGAACAAGUGCUAGCCUUAAAGCGCUCCAUGCAGAGUGGAAUGGCACAGGCAAUGAAAGAGCAAGCUCAACUCAGAGAGGAAAUGGCUUACCAAUACAAGCUUGGAAAUUUUGAGGCUGCUGCUGCUAUUCAGAGAAGAUUGGACCCUGAUGCCGCCAUGUAAUAGUAGUUGAAUUAUGUACUCGGAAUCAGAGGAUUAGAGUUAGAUGAUUUGAUCACGGUCGUGUGAGUAUAAUGAGGAUUUUCUCUCUUUUGGAUCACUCGGCUUUCGAAGUUGCAUCCGUUGAGGAUGUGUUACGUUUAUGCCAACAGAUGAGGUGUAAUUGCGAUGUAACGAUUUCACAUAAUUUGCAUUUCACUUGAAUGAAUUUGUGUUCUGUUCACACA